AUGGCAAGCGGUUCCCGCUGUUAUUGGGGGCUGUCCCUCUCACUUACAGCACUUUUUGUAUCUCACUCAAUAUCCACCACUUCUCAUGUUUAUAUUGUCUAUCUCGGCCACACUCAUGGACGUGAUCCUCUGCUUACAUCCGAACACCACUUUGACCUCCUGAGCAGUGUGUUUGAGAGCAAAAUCGAAGCAAAGAAAGCCAUGUUAUAUAGCUACAAGCAUGCAUUUUCUGGCUUCGCUGUUUUGCUUGAUGCCAACCAGGCAACAGUCCUUGCAAAUUCGAGGGGGGUGAUAUCUGUGUUCAAGAGCACGACACUUGAUCUGCACACCACGAGGAGCUGGGAUUUUAUGGGACUUUCCAUCGAUUAUUCUUGGGGAACACCGAUUCAGCUAUCCCAUGGUGAUGACAUAAUUGUUGGCAUCUUCGACUCAGGUGUCUGGCCGGAGUUAGCUAGCUUCAAGGAGGAACCGAACAUGAGACCGAUACCAAAGCAUUGGAAGGGAAAAUGUGUUGGUGGGGAUGAGUUCAAUCCCAAAAAACACUGCAACAGGAAACUGAUUGGAGCAAAGUAUUUCCUCAAGGGGUUUGAAAAACAAUUCGGGCAUAUCAAUAAAACCGAACAUCAGGAGUACAUAUCAGCCAGGGAUUUCAUCGGCCAUGGAACUCACACAGCUUCGACGGCCGUAGGAUCAAGAGUGAGAGAUGCUAACUUGUUUGGUUUCGCCAGAGGCAUUGCUCGAGGAGGAGCCCCCAGAGCUCGGCUAGCAGUAUACAAAGUAUGCUGGAGUAUAAAUUUUGACGGGCAGUGCACCGAGGAAGAUGUAUUGGCAGCCUUUGACGAGGCGCUGCACGAUGGAGUGGAUGUCAUAUCAGCCUCUUUCGGAAAACCACCUCCAUUAAGACCAUUCUUUGCUUCAAGCUCUGAUAUUGGUUCAUUCCACGCCAUGCUGUUGGGAGUAAGUGUGGUUUUCUCAGCAGGUAACGAUGGCCCCGAUCCAUCUCUCGUGGGAAAUGCCAAUCCGUGGAGCAUCUGCGUGGCUGCCUCCAGCAUGGACCGAAGUUUCCCCACGUGGAUCUUGCUCGAAGAUGGCACCUCUUUUGUGGGUGAAGGUUUGAUCAGCAGCCGCAUAAGGGGAACCUUGGCAAGAGCUACAGCUUACUUCAAACAGGGAAUCUGUGACAAUGCGAACUGGAUGAAAUCGUCGGCUGCAGGCAUGAUACUUUUGUGUUUCUCCAUGGAUGGACCGGUGAGCAGUUUAGACGCAGAGUUUGCUGCGCGCAGGGCCAAUGCCGCAGCUUUGAUCUUCGUCCAGCCUGUAGCCAAGCCCACCGCGGCCAUUAGCAUUGUACCUGUUGUCCGUAUCGACACCAUUCAAGGCACAAAGUUACAAUUGCUGCCUACCGGCACCAAGGCGAUGAUAGCGCCAAGCGACACGGCCUUCGGAAGGUCACCGGCACCAAUGGUUGCAGAGUACUCUUCUAGAGGACCAAGCUCAAUCUCCCCUAACAUUCUCAAGCCGGAUAUCAGCGCGCCGGGGACCAACAUACUGGCGGCCUGGCCGCCCAACGUCUCUCCAACCGUGUUUGGAUCAGAUUUUGAUAAUCGAUCGGUGGUUUGGAACUUCGACUCCGGCACGUCGAUGUCUUGCCCUCAUGUAUCCGGCGUCGUCGCACUCCUCAAAUCGGCAUACCCUGAAUGGUCCCCUGCUGCAGUAAGAUCAGCCCUCGUGACCACAGCGUACAACGCCGACGUCGUAUCUGGCGACGACAUAUUGGUGCGAGGUUCGUUCAAGUCUUCGGACGCCUUCGACAUUGGCGCCGGACACAUGAACCCCGUCAAGGCAUUCGAUCCAGGGCUGGUGUACGACGUAACGCCCCGAGACUAUGCACAUUUCCUCUGCAACAUCGGCUACACCAGCGAGCAGAUACGCGCCAUGGGAGUCUGCGGACCGGAUAGAUGUCGUGACAAAUUGGAGCCAGAUUGGAACUUAAACUACCCUGCGAUAACUUUGUGGGAUCUCCGACACGCUGCGACGGUCCGGAGGACCGUCCGCAACGUCGGAAUAAGGAAGACGGCGGUGUACUUUGUCAGAGUCGAGAAGCCGGACGGCGUCGAGGUUGUGGUUUGGCCCCGAGUAUUGGUGUUCUCUCCGUGGAAGGAAGAGUGGAGGUACUACGUGACGGUGACGACGGUGAUGCCGGCGUCGCGGCGACGGAGAGCGGCGUUCGGGUGGAUUAUUUGGUCGGAUGGAUUCCAUAAUGUCCGGAGCCCUUUGGUGGUCGGAAUCGGCGGUGAAGCUGGGGGGUCUGUGGAUUCUAACGACACCAACAUGGCGUAUUGAUUUGAUCAUGAAGUUCAUGAAUAAGA